GGCCCAGCAGGGCGCCCCGCCAUGGCGAGCCCCGCACGGCCGCGGCAGGAGCUGGCGGCGGAGGAGCGGCGGCUCCGCGGCGCGGCCCCGACGGUGCCCCGCGACGCCAAGCGGGAGGCGGCGGGGGAGCGGCUGGUGCUGCUGGAGCUGCGGCGCUGCGGGCGGCCGCCGUCCCCCGGGCCCGGCGAGCGGCAAGAGGAGGGGGAGGAGGAGGAAGAGGAGGGGGAGGCGGCGGCGGGCGAAGACUGUUGCGGCAAGUGCAAGAAGCGGGUGCAGUUCGCCGACUCGCUGGGGCUGAGCCUCGCCAGCGUCAAGCACUUCAGCGACGCCGAGGAGCCGCAGGUGCCGCCCGCCGCGUUGUCCCACCUGCAGAGCCCGCCCGGCGAGGAGCGGGACCCGCCGCCGCCCGGCGGGGAUCCCCCGCCGCCCGCCCUGCUCCUGGUGCCCGACUUCCCCGACGGCGGGGAGCCCACCGCCGAGCGGCUGCGGCGGCAGCGCGUCUGCCUGGAGCGGCUGGGGCGGCCCGCGGCGCCCACCGACGUGCGGGGCACCGUGCAAGUGCUGGGCGGCCCCGGCCUCAAGGAGGUGACGGUGCGCUACACCUUCAACGAGUGGCUCUCCUUCGUGGACGUCCCGGCCGCCCCCCUGCCCCCCGACCCGCCGGCCGAGCGCUACGGCUUCACCCUGUGCGUCCCGCCGAGCCUGCGGGAGGGCUCUGCCCUCCACUUCGCCAUCCGCUACCGCAACGCGCAGGGCGAGUUCUGGGACAACAACGGCGGCCGCAACUACACCCUGCGGUGCUGCGGCUGCCCCGGGGGCGGCCCCGCACCGCCCGCCGCCGCCCUGCCGCCCCCCGCCGCCCCCCGGUACUGACGCCGGCCGGGCGAGGGGAGCCGAGGGGACGCGGCCGGGCAGGGGGAGGCGGCCCCGCACCUCCCGCUCCCGGAGUGAGGCCCGUCUCGGGAGGGAGACAGCCAGCGCGCCGAGGCCACCGUCCCGGAGACUGCCCCAAGUCUGGUGGUUUUUAAGCAGGCACUUCGGUUUUGCCAGCGAAACAUGGAUGUGUGUAGGCUCGCAUUGCUGUGGCUUGUGGAAUCGUUCUUUUUUUUUUUUUUUUUUUGAGGGAACAAGGAGAAUGAGUAGCGUGGGCUUUGCUUUUCCCCUCUUGAAGUGAAUUUUUGAGGUCUUGAUUUGGGCUUGACUUCACUUACCCGAUUAGUCAGAGAUGCACAAGAGCACUCGUGUGAAAACUUGGUGGCGUGUUCGCUACAAUUUAACUUAGGAUCUCAGUUUUCUCGUUCUCACAUCCAUUUCAAAGACAUAAUACUGCAACACCAAUGAUGUGUUUUGUCUUUUUUUUUAUUUUUUUUUUUAGUUCAGUGGACUCUGUAACAAUACGAUUCACUGUUGUGACCACCUGUCAAACUCGUGACAGGCUUGCAUGCCCGUCCCACCUUUGCAGGCAGUCUGUUUUGGGGCUGGAUCUGGGGCUGGAGAGGGCUGCUCUGGUUUUUGUCACUCAGCACACUUUGAUACCGCUCCCUGCUCCCCAGGCUUGCAUGUAGAUCCCGUCUGGCUAGUAGCAGCCAACAGGGACUUCUGCAAAGAUGUUUUUGCUUAAAAUAAACUCGUGACUUCUUUUCACACAACUGACAAGUCGAAAACCAAGACGAAGGAGGAGUUUAAAUAUUUGCUGCGUUUAUCAGGAGAACUUUGGUUACACCUUUGAGUCAUGCACUGUGAAGUACAAGAUUGUGUCCGUCUCAUACACGGUUCUGUAUUUUCAGAUUUAGGGAGCAGAUGCUGAUUUGGAUGACCUUCUCACUGAGGAGUGACGAUGCGAUAACAGAGAGGGUGUCCUCAGUAACUAAUGAAAACAAGUGCCUUAGUUCAGCUCUCCUUAUGUUACAUUUUGCACCACAUUUCUCAAGUAUUUAUAAUUUAUUCAGCUUAUUUUGCUACAUAUUUUUCUGUAUUUGUAUGUUGCUGGGAAAGGACUUUGUUGUGCAUGCAGCUGGACUUCACAGCGCUGGACACUUGAAAUGAUUUUACAGUCUUCACUGUUGCACUGCAAGCCUAGAGGUUGACUGUUGCUGGUGUCCCAAGUCCUGAAAUUAAGCAAAAAGUACCAAUGCAAAUGGGUUUGUAAGAAUAAAAAAAAGUUUUAAAAAAAGUUAAAAA